GUUGACAAUAAAUUUAGCGGAUUUCGGGAAGCUUAAGCCCCCACAGGGCUCAGCUUCGCAGCUAUGGCUGCAUAUAAUAUUAACUGGAUGAAAGAGAUGGCUACUAUUUCGAAUUAAUAUUUGAUAUGGCAAGGUGCAAAGAAAAUUGGUGGCUUUUUGUUCAAGCAGGAACCGGAGCAUCCGCUGGCUCGUAUCAGUGGAUUUCUUGAAUAUUAUCAGUCGAAAAUCCAGCCCGGGAGUAUGAUAGAAAGCAAUCCAUUAUCAGCCAAACUCUUCUUAUUGUGCUGUGAAAUGAGAUUACUGACGUAAGAAUCCUUUAUUAUGGUCUCAGUUUCCCUGAAAAUUCAAUUCUGUGCAAGAUGUUAAAUCUGGCGUCUCUGCACGAUCCCCUGAAGGCCUUGAGACUGCGUCCAACGCUGAUAUAGAACGAAGCAGCGUGCUUUUCCUUGACUUUGGAGUCGCACAAACAACUGCAGUACCGUAGGAAGGAUAGAAUCAUUCUAGGGCUAGCAUUGUUUUAAAACAAAAGGGAUUGUUCACAGAUAACAAAGGAUUUCUUGUUAUUUUACAGAAGGGCAGAAGCAAAUAAGAAUUUUUUCUGUGGCAAGAGAUUCUUAAAAGAAGAAGCUGCGGUCCUUAGCGGCCUAAGCGAACUUGAACACUGAAGAAAAACGUGUAAAAAGUGUAGAAGCGGCGUUUGUUGGUAUGGAAAUUAUAAAGUAACCUGACCGUAAGGCAAGAAUUAAAAACGCGUGUUUGGCGAGUGUCUCUUUACUUGAUAUGGACAGCUGUAGGUGUUUUCAAUUGGUUUUAGAAUUUCGUGAGAACAGAUGUAGCAACACGACGCCUGAAAUAAUUCUCGUCAAAACAUCGAAAAAGAAGAAAAUUCAUUUCCAUUACACAGUCGCUGGUGGCUUUUUAAGAAUUCAAACAUUGGCUGCAGCGGUUACUGACAGGGGUACAAGAGAUGGCUUUCGAUAAUAUGUCUAUGAUGGCUGUUAUAUUCAACGAAACAGAGUUUGUCUGGUGACAAUUUUUUGUGAAAGCUGCUGGUUUCAAGGAAAAGGAUUGGACGAGUCAUUUUUCACAGAGGAAAGGCUAGGCUUCUACAGUACUCUGCCGUACCCUAGAUGAAUGGCCUUUGUCCCACAUUCGCAAACAGAAACUUCUAUGUCCGACAAUUCAAAUCAAUAGCAAAAACAACGGCUCAGGUAAUACGUCUUGUCACAUCCUCUAACAAAAUGGUGCAUCAGCCACUUUAGCUGACCGGUACAGUUUCAAGCACCAGUACAGUCGAAUUGCUUCAUUCCAGCUAAAUGUGAUGAGAAAAAACGACUAAAAAACUUUUUCUGUUGCCUUUUUUGAAUUGUCCAGCUUCACUUAAUUUCAUAUCCAGCACCACAUUUCGAAUCCACGCUCCAUGAAAAAGGCCAAAAUCCACCUUAGAAUUCAUUGAAAACGACAUGCUUUUAAAAACAAAUUUGCUUUUUUCAGAGUCGAUUCUGCACAAGCGAAUGUUCCCCGGUCGUAACACAAGUGCGAACAGCUGGCUCAAUCAAAGAAGCGGUUUUUACAUUACAAGAAGAAUUGACGAAAAUUCCUCUUUCGGUUGGAUUUUACAGCCACAUGCCUCCCAGACAAUACACGGAGAGAAAGAGAGUUCAAAUUGAAGGUGUUUCUGUGACAUGUAAAACGCUGGAACCUGUCUGUGUAGUGGAUUUUAGGUGUUCACUCUAGAAACGAAGCAGAAAGCUUGCAAAAGGAAAGCUAUUAAAAGAAUUUCAAUACACAGGCCUCAGAUCUUCAGGACUUUUAGAAAACCAAUUAGAAAGCUUGUCAUGUUUUGACUACAGUUAGUAUCAGGUUGAGCAAGGUUUAGCGGAAAUUGAUAGUUCUGUGGAGAUCUCAAUCUUUACCGGCGUGUGUUAAUUAAGUAGAUUGCUGACUCGCUGGUGAAGAUAUAAAUCGGCGGAAUUCUGUUGAAUCGUCAUUUUACUGUUUUUGCUGCAAUGUUAUAGUCAACCAAGCUGCGUUUGUCUGGGAAGAUAUUUAAAUCAGUCAAGAACCUAGUUGAAAGAUGGUUGUUCACAGGGAUUAAGCUGCGUAUCUCACUGCACUAGCCAAUGCCGCAGAUAAAUCUCGCUUGAGACUGCUGAAGGGAAAAUUUGAUCACUCAGUCCCAGAGAAAUAAACCUGCUGACAUUAUAUACUAAAAACAGAAGGUGCGUGUAAGAGCACGAGGAGACCUGUGUAAGCAUCGAAACGAUAAACAGAAGCGAAGCUGUAGAUUUUUGGCAGAGCCAUGAAUAAUUGCUCGUCACGUACUCUAUUUUACCCACACCAGAGUUGGUUCCAGGCAUUAAUGGCGAUCAUUUUCAUCCUGGAAGCCCUGUUAGGUUGCCUUGCCAACCUAGGUGUGAUUGUCGUCUAUUUCAAACGAGGCAAAUGGAAUGGUGUCACUGCAAUGUUUAUGGUCAACCUUGCGGUUACUGACGUUUCUAUGUGCCUUUUAAUGAUACCAUAUUCUACUGUCCAGUUAGUAAUGUUUCCCCACACUGGUGUCGCUUUUAAUAUUGUCCAUAAUGCACUGCUUUCUGGACUCCGAUUUGCCUCCAUUGCAACACUGGUUGCUAUAAGUUAUGAGCGGAUGGAAUCGGUUACGAGGCCGCUUCGUGUCCAUGGUACUAGAGUCAAAAUGACGAUUUCUGUAAUAUGGCUGCUAUCAAUACCAUGCUUUUUAGUACCCAUAUUUGCACUUAACUCGAAAUCAUUCCAUGAAACUCGCAUAUGCAAUGCAAAGCUUCAAAUAUUCCAGUUAUGGGAUCUAAUUGUAUUUGUGAUACUGUGUAUUAUAAUGCUGUGUAAUUAUCGCAGUGUUCAAAACGCUGCACGAAGUAGGACCUUUGCUCUUCCUAUCAUGAUCAUUAAAGGAACAGUUGCUGUACCGGGUGUAAGCAACUUAUCAUCGCAAAUCAAAACACAGAAAGACAAAGUCGUCAACCUCAGCCGCUUAAUCCUUUCCAGCGUUAUGCUACUAUGGUCGCCUUUUUUAGGCCUGUCGUUUGCGAAAUUCUUCGUUGGGAAUACUCAGGAACUAGAAAUCGCAUCCGUUGUUUUACUUGCGAUCGGAUAUUCAAAUCACGUGCUGCAUCCUUUGUUAUACGCGGUUCCCAGUUCACAUUGGAGGAAGGCUGCCAUGCAGACGUUUGGCUGCUUGUUCGACAGAUCAAGACACGAAACAGCUAGCUCCACGCAGAAGAGACGGGUAUGCCCAACUCCAGUUGAAAAAUAAUGGGGGUAUUUGCGGAUAAGAAGACGGAGAAAAGCUAUUAUUUUGCAAAACAAGCAAUGAUCGAAGAACGCAGGACAAGAUGAAAUUGGCGCGUCAUUCGAACCAUGGACUGACAAGAAUAGGCCCUUCGUGCAAGCGUGCAAGCGAGAAUUUUGAAAUCACUUUGAUGAUUUCGAGGCUGAUAAGCUGUCCAAAGCCCGCGAACAUUGGAAGGUGCAACGCGAAUUCUUCCAUCAUUCCGUGUCAUCAUAUUCAAAGUACUUAUUGCUAGGAAUGCUACUGGAGGAAAAAAUUUCUUUGGUGUCCAUUUAGCGAUGAUUUUGUUCCAAAGAAGUCUUGUAGAUACAAGUCAAGUUCAAUCUGACAGACUACCUCGACUUAUGUAUAUAAUGUCCAAAUCACAAUGCAAUAUUCAUUAUCUACCUUUAUUGUCAAAGAUGCAGCCACUAAAUUUGCAGUAAAUGUGCCUCAAGAUAAGCAAAGCUAGUCCAGUUUGGGCCCUUGAAAUUUAAUUUAUAUCAUUUGUAAAAACAUGCUAGCAAAAGCUACGUAAAACUUAAGCAGUGCAACAAACGAAAUGAUAAAGGAUAAAUUUAACUGCUCCAAAAUUUCGAUUGUAAUUCUAUUUGUACAGUGGUCUCAAAAUUGAGCCGUCCUCUUGUAAUGGAUUAGCAAAAUACAAUAAUGCCAAAUAGAAACUGUAGAAUAUUGUAAAAAAUACACGCUUUUGUCUAAUUAGAAACUUUAAAAAGAAACUGAGCCCUAAGAUGGCCAAAAUAUUAAGUGACUAUAAAACUAUUCACCUUAAACUUUAAGAAGCUGCGUGAGAAUCCAUCUUUUAAAGAUGGGGUGAAAAUGAUCCUUCGCAACAAUCAGGCGCCUAUUUCCUGUUCAACUGACAUAGAAAGAAGAUUAAUAGAUUAAUAGAAAGAAGCUAGGGCGCUUACCAGGGGCGGACUGGCACUUAACUUCUGGGGUGGCUUGGUGGCUCUAAAAUGGCCUGUAGGGCGUGCCAAGGCCUUUAAUAGGUGUGGUCACUUAUAAAACCUAAUUCGCGUACUCUAAAAUUGAUACUAAUUUGCAUAAGUUUAAUCAGUUCCAGAGAGUUUAGGCAGGAUAGUCAUUGUUUCCAAUCAGCAAAGCUCAAGUUUAUCGUUAUGAAUUUACGUAUCGAUUCAAAAAUUUCCUCAUGAAGGGCCUGCUUUCUGAGGGGCCCGGGUGGCGAUCGACACAUAGCCAACCGGACCAGUCCACCCCUGCCACUUGCAAAUGAUAAGGUUCACCUCAUCUUCCAUACAACUAAAAGUAGCUCUUUAGCACUUCGCAACGAAUACCUACAAAGUUACACAACGAAUUACAUGUUCAAACGUUUAGCUUCUAAUGAAAAAUGCGUGUACUGAGUAAAAUUAAUUGGAUAUAAAUACAACUGAAAGAGUGGCGUGUUUUUCUUUUCAUUAUAAUAGGGUUAAUUUCGUUACCAGCAGGGAGGAUGUGCAAAAUCUGAUGACUUCUUUCUGUCACCUGUUUUCUUUAAGUAAAUGCUAUUAAUGUUAGCUAAGUGUCUUUUUGUCUAGAAGCUGCUUUUACAAGUCUUAGACAGAAGGCAAAGACCUGUUUGAAUUUGGUUGGCCAGCGCAACUAAGUGGGUUGGUUGGCCUAAGUGGGCUGGAUAGCCUAAGUUGGUUGGCUGGCUAAAGUGCAUAAGCUUGACUUACUGUGUUGACUGGCCUAAGUGCGUUAGGUGACCCAAGUGGGCUGGCUGGCUGGCCUAAGUUUGUUAUCUGAUCUAAGUUAGUUGGCUGGCCUAAGUUGGUUUGCAGGCCUUACUGUGUUGGUUGGCCUUAUUGGGUUGGCUUACCAAGAUGAUAUCCAUGCUUUGUAUGAAUAAUUUCGUAAUUCUGCAUUUCGGUUUACAUGGAGAGUGAGCAAGACACUCAGGUGUGAGAUCCUCCAGAAUGAGAAGUAGAAUCAGCGUCAGAUGAGAUGAAAAAUUAUCUUUGUAAAAAUUAGAUUGGGUUGGCUGGCCUACUCAAGUGGGCUGGAAUCAAUACCUUUACUCAUUUCCGAAUCGAUAACAGCUCGAAUGGCUCACAAAAACAACGCUUUCCCCAAUUUGAUGUAGAACAAUUUCAAGGCGACGAAUCAAAUGUUUAAAAGGAGCCAUUCCUUUUCUUUAAGGUAUCAAAAGUUUUUGACUAUGAACUUCAGAUAAUUUCAAUUUUCAUGACCCAGCUCUGAAUUGUAAAUGUAAGCCGCCGGUCGAAAAAGGAUUUUGAAUUAAACAUUAACAAAAAGAACAUAAUGUUAUGAAUUUGUUCCAGACUUCAAACAUCCAUCUUCUAACUGGAUUUGGAACGCCACUUCACACUAGACCAAAAAGAUUUGUCUCUUCUUUGUAUUUGAGGGCUGAUGCAGAAUAUCAUUGUCCAAGAAAUCUGUUGUUUGAGGUUCUAUAAAUAACGUUUUUCUAUUGAUUCCUAAUGUUUCACAAAGAAAGUUAUUUUUCUCAAGAAAGGCUUUAAUCAAAAUUCAGUGGCGUAGCUUGAUCUUCCAGACCAGACGGAUGGAGUGUCAUGAGUAGUAAAAUUUACUGACGAAGACAUAGGUAAGGAGAAAUUUAGGUGCUAUUUCACCUACCGAUAGACGAUUUUAUCAACAAACCAGAGAAUCUUUCCACCAAAUAAA